AUCCCGCUGUUACGUUUUCUCUUGAACUUGUGAUCUUUUCUGCGCAACCUAUCUGCGGAUACUGCUUUGCUAUGGACGGCAUGCUCCGUGGUCACAAGAGCCCGCUUACGGGAAAUCAAGGUCUCCGUUCAAGCUUCAAAGCUUCAAGUUCCAUGCCGUCGUAACGUUCACACAACCUCCAACGUCGCCUUGCUUGCUCUUCGUCCAUAACAACUCGACGCAACAGAUUUUAUUCGCUGUGAACCGAAUGACUGCUAUUCCGCCUCCAGACUCUUGGGCUACUUGUCGAACCGUUAGACAAGUCCCGGCGCUUUCCAUGGCUGAGCAGGAUGCGCUCAAGACGUGCUUGUUCAAUCUCUACAGGAAGUAUCUGGAUCCACUGAAACUUUGGCAAGAGCAGGAUGCGAAGGCGAAGACCAUGCUACACCAAGAGGCACGUGCAGGAUUCCCGUUGUUGUUGCGAUACAAAGACGAAUGGCCCGUGGAGUAUGUCUUACGCUAUUCUCUCAUCAGAUCGCGCUCCAUGCUGAAGACUCAAGCGCGAACCUCGAGGAAGCUCGGCAAGCGAACGAGAGAGGUUUCAACAAGGCGAAAGAAUCCAAGAUCUACUCGGGCGGCUCGUAGAUUGAAGGAGAAGGAGCCGUCUGCUAGCAAUGGCCCUGAGUCUGAGGAUGAGACCGUUCCGUCGUAUGACCGAGCACCAUUGAUCCGCGGGGAGAACAAUUCUGCAGCAUCGAGCAGCUGUCAGACGGCAGAGAUGUUAGGAGACCAAACCCCACGACGUGAAGGCAACGCAGACUCCUCUAAUGGCGAGGCUCACGCUCUUAGCCAUAGCGGGCUCAUACAAGGAAACUCGAUACAUCCCGGCAGAAAGAAUGCUACCGUGCGAUUUUCUGAAGGCCAAGACGAAUCAAUGUAUCCGUUGGAAGAAAAGCUUGAUAUGGAAGAGGUACGGGUAUUCUUGCCCUUA